AAGCGGGCGCGGUGGCAUCAGGGGGUAUAUAAGGCCGCCACAAUCACCACUCACCACCACUCGUCACCAUGAAGCUCCUGGUCUUGUGUUCACUGGUAGUGGCGGCUGCCGCCUGGCCAAGCUUCGAUCUGGAUGGCUACCAGAGUGACACCCCGGGUACGCCCUUAGCCAAGAAACAGCAAGAUGUAAACCACCUGCUGGAGCACGUCUAUGACCACCUUCACUAUAAAGACCUGAAGGAUCUCGCAGGGACCUUCUCCCCUGAGGCUGACACCUCCCUCUACACUGAUGAUGGCGCAGCCGUCCAUGCGCUUCUGGAGGAGCUCAAAGACGGCAGGCUGUUGGAGCAGCACCACUGGUUCUCACUUUUUAAUACACGCCAACGUGAAGAAGCUCUCCUACUCUUUGAAGUUCUGAUUCACUGCAGAACGUGGGAGGGCUUCCUUGACAACGCUGCUUACUUCCGUGAGCGCGUGAAUGAAGGAGAGUUUGUGUACGCACUCUAUGUGGCUGUCAUCCACUCAGAUCUGGGACAUGGCAUUGUACUUCCUCCACUCUACGAAGUCACUCCUCACCUGUUCACCAACAGUGAGAUCAUCAACAAGGCUUACUCAGCCAAGAUGACCCAGACACCAGGCAAAUUCCACAUGGAUUUCACUGGAACAAAGAAGAACAAGGAACAGCGAGUGGCAUACUUCGGCGAGGAUAUUGGCAUGAACAUUCACCACGUUACUUGGCAUAUGGACUUCCCCUUCUGGUGGAAGGACUCCUACGGCUACCACCUGGACCGCAAGGGAGAGCUCUUCUUCUGGGUUCACCACCAACUUACUGCUCGCUUUGACUCUGAGCGCCUCUCCAACUGGCUGGAUGUUGUUGAUGAAAUACACUGGGAAAAGGUUAUUCACGAAGGAUUUGCUCCACAUACCAGCUACAAGUAUGGCGGAGAGUUCCCAGCUCGUCCUGACAACGUUCACUUCGAAGACGUUGAUGGUGUAGCUAGAGUGCGUGACAUGGUUAUCUUAGAGAGCCGCAUUCGCGACGCCAUUGCUCUUGGCUACAUCACCGACAAAAGCGGAAACCAUAUUGACAUCAGAAACGAGCACGGCAUCGACCUACUAGGAGACAUCAUUGAAUCUUCAGUGUACAGCCCCAAUGCGCAAUAUUACGGAGCCCUGCACAACACAGCUCACAUAAUGCUUGGUCGCCAAGGUGAUCCUCACGGCAAGUUCGACAUGCCUCCAGGUGUCAUGGAACACUUCGAGACCGCGACCCGUGACCCAAGCUUCUUUAGACUUCACAAAUACAUGGACAACCUUUUCAAGGAACACAAAGACAGUCUUCCUCCUUACACCAAAUCGGACAUAGAGUUCCCCGGCGUGGUCGUGGACAGUGUUGCCAUUGAUGGAGAACUCAAGACAUUCUUUGAUACUUUCGAGUUCAGUCUUGUUAAUGCAGUAGACAAGUCGGAUAACGUGGCAGAUGUUGACAUCUCCGCUGAUGUAAAGCGCCUCAACCACGAAGAAUUUUCUUACAAUAUUGACAUCAGCAACAAUAAUGGAAAUAAAGUACUAGGAACCAUCCGCAUCUUCUUGUGUCCUCUUAAGGACAGCAAUGGAGUCACCUUCACCUGGGAAGAAGGUCACUGGUACUGCAUUGAGAUGGACAAGUUUUAUAAAUCACUUGCUCCCGGAACUAACCACGUUGUUCGCAAGUCCGUUGACUCUUCAGUAACAGUCCCUGACAGACUAAGCUUCGAAGAAUUGAAGAAGAGAACUGACGCGGCCGUAGCCAGUGGCAGCAAACUUGACCUUCACGAGUUCGAACGGUCGUGUGGCAUCCCCAACAGACUGCUCCUGCCUAAGGGUAAGGAGAGGGGAAUGGACUUCGCCUUGUUUGUGGGUGUGACCAACGGCGACGAGGAUAAGACCGUAGACAAUCCUGAAGAGCUUGGCGCCACGCAUGCUCAGUGUGGCAUUCACGGAGAAAAGUACCCAGACAAGCGGCCCAUGGGUUACCCCGUCGACCGCAGAGUCCCAGACAAUCGCGUCUUCCUUGAGACUCCCAAUAUUAAGAGAGUUUACGUCAAGGUCUUCCACGGUGAGCACCAGUAGAAUGACCACCAACAUCGAGCACCAACAAUGACCACCAGCAUUGAGCACUUUCAAUGAGAACCUUCAGCCAAAUCAAAAUUAACGUUUUCAUUAGUAGCUCGAUAUUUGGCUUUUCAAAAUAUAUUUUUUCAAACAUGACGAAUUAAUGACUGCAUAUUUUAGUAUAUGUAAAACACAUUUAAAAGUUAUCUAAGACUACAUAUUAUUAUUCAUUGUUACUUACGAUUAUUUAGUGAAAGUUCUUCAGCAGUUUGUAAAACAUGUGUGUAUAUUCAAGGAUCUAUUGCAACAAGAACUUGCAAAAUCAUUUUAUUGAAGCAAUAUUUAAUUUAUGAUGUCAGUAAUUGAGCAAUAUUGCACAAUAUUUACACGCCAGAGAAUCUUUAAUAACAGCAAUAAUAACCACACCAAUAAAAUAAUAAAAAAAAUUAUGAAUGUCUCCAGACUAUGUAUGGAGUUCAUCCAUCCAUUAUUGUAUGUUUAAAUACAUUAAUUGAAUUGUU